AUGGGCAACGCCGCGCCGCGCGCACAGCCGCAGAGCGUGCUGGACAGUGCGUCACAGUACCGCACCUUCCUCAUGGAUUACACCCCUCGCUCGAUGGAUAUGAUGUUCGGAAGUUUGAUUGGAGACGGCAAGUUCCUCAAGAGCAUCUCUUGCAAGUGUGACGAAGGGCAUUUAGUGGUCAAAAUCUACCGUAAAUACGACGAACGCGAGUCCUUAACUAGCGCUGAGGUGGCGCUGCGUCGUCUGGCACUCGCGUUCUCCGUGGAGCAGCAACCCAAUGUGAUCCCAUACGCAGACUUCCAGCUGUCGAACAAGUACAACGUGGCCUUCAUGGUGCGUCAAUACUUCGCGUCGAAUUUGUACGACCGCAUCUGCUCCAGACCGUUCCUGACAAUGGUAGAGAAGAAGUGGAUCGCUUUCCAGAUAUUAAGAGCACUGGAGCAAAGUCACGCCAAGGGCAUCUGCCACGGAGAUAUUAAACAGGAAAACGUCAUGGUGACGAGCUGGAAUUGGGUCUUUCUGACGGAUUUUGCGCCGUUUAAACCGACCUACAUCCCCGAAGACGACCCCGCCGACUACAAUUACUACUUUUGUGCUAUCGACGCUACUCGACGUGGCUGUAGUGUGGCACCUGAGAGGUUUUACGGUAAAGGAUCUGUGUCGAUGAGUGGAGCAACGGGCUCAACGCCAGGGACUGGAGGGAUCAACUCCAUGAAGACACCUGAUGCUGCGAUGAUGUUGUCUAAGAUGGCAGAUAGUGAAGUGACAGUGGAAGAAGUGGACAAACAGAUUCUGGCGAUGGGGUUGGGCAGUGGAACCAUGGCAGGAACCCCCAUGCAAACGCCUCCUUCGACGACGUCCACUGGUAGCGCGCCGUCGUCGUAUUCUCGCUCCCGUCGUGAAGGCAGCUUACUAGAAUCGAUGGAUAUUUUCUCGGCUGGGUGUGUGAUCGCUGAGCUCUUUUUGGGCGGCAAACCUCUCUUCGAUCUGCCAUCGUUACUUAAGUAUCGUACGGGAGACGCAGAAACGCUACGACAACGACUAAAGAAAGUAGGUGACCCACGUCUGGAAGAACUGCUUCUUCAUAUGUUGCAAUUAGAUCCGACGGCUCGAUUGUCGGCUAGUGGAUAUCUGGCCAAGUACACGAGUGCAAGUGGCCUUUUCCCGACAUAUUUCGACAAUUUUCUGUUCCGAUUUCUCGUCUUGGUGCUCAGUCGUGGUGGCAAAGUGCCUGAUGCGCGUAUUCGACUAGUGUGCAAGUACUAUGGGCGAUUAGUACGUGAGAUUGCAGGUGUUGAAGACCCAGAGGGGGAAGAGUUUUUCAAGUUACGGUUAAAGGAAGGCUACGGCUCGGACCGCCUAGCGACGGCCACGGGAGGUGAUCAGCAAACACAUGUGGCACAGCGUGUACUUGAGGAACUGGAGCAGAAGAUCCCUACGAAACAUGACAAGCAGAAGGCGGAGCGAGACAACGCUGCACUCACGAAGUUGCAAAAGAUGAAGGAGAAGGAGAACGACAUGCGUGGUCUGAGCUCCACCUUGCAGAAGAAGAAGAUCGAGAAGCUCCACGACCAGUUUAAUGCUCUUAACCACAAGAAGACCAACUCGCUGCUGCUUGACUACGCUCGCGAUCCGUCCACAGGUCGGUUGGAUGAAGAAACGUCGGAGGAUGUAGAAGGAAAAGACGAAGACGCAAUGAGCUUGAACGGAUCGUCCAUUAAGAGGAGUACGGCUACUCCCCCACCCCAUUCGAGCAAACCACGACGUAUGAAGCCACCGACGUAUCCUGGCAGCGAGCCGUGGCCACAAGAUCGUAACGGUAUUGUUAUCGUUUUGUCGCUCAUCUGCUCUAGUCUUCGGCAUGUUCAAGUGCCGGAAUCCAAGCUCACGGCGUUGUAUCUGAUACGUGCGCUGGGCCAGUUUACAAGUGAUGAAGCGCGACUGCAGCGUCUGAUUCCGUACCUUCUCGAGGUUAUUGACGACCCCAGUGCUACUGUCCGCGCUUUGGCACUCCGUACCAUCACGUACUUGCUGUCUCUGGUGGAGUCUUUCCCGCUUGCUGACGCCUCGGUGUUCCCGCAGUAUGUGCUACCUGCUAUGGUGCCUUUCCAGUCCGAUCCGGAUGAGUUGGUGCGCAUCACAUUCGCCGAGUGUUUGCCUCAAUUGGCGGAGACUAGUCGCAGGUUCUUGGAGAUCGCGCAUGCUAUGAAACAAAAGACACUGACGUCGUCGGGCUCUGCUGCUGCUAUGUCUAACCGAGGCACUGAUUCGCUAGCCCCCAGCACGCUGUACAUGGCGUCCAGUAGCUUCGAUAAGGAGCUGAGUGUACUGCACAAGAUGAUCUCUCGCUUUGUGAUCCAACUGACGACUCCUGAUCAAAAAGCCUCGUCGUCUCUUGUCAAGCGUGCACUGCUCGUUGAUAUUACGAGGCUAUGUGUCUUCUUUGGCCAAGAACGAACACUGGACGUGGUAUUGCCACAGCUUAUUACUUUUCUGAACGAUCCAGACUGGGAGCUACGUGGAGCUUUCUUCGACUACAUUGUCGGCGUCUGCUCCUUUGUGGGACCUGUAGCUGUGGAGCACAACAUUUUGCCGUGUAUUGAGCAGGCUCUGUUUGAUGUACAGGAGAUCGUCAUCACCAAGGCGGUGGAGUGUCUGACUGGACUGUGUCAGCUCGGAUUGUUCCAGAAGAAGAUCAGUACAUUGGUGGAGAAGGCUCGUAUGACGUGCUCACUGCUGUUGCAUCCUAGCUGGUGGAUCCGGGACGCCGUCUUGAAGCUGAUGGGGGAGAUUGCGUUGAAGCUGCGUAGUGUGGAUGCCAACGUCUUCCUAAGUCCGCUGCUACGUCCGUUCUUGCGCAAGACGAUGGUGUUUCUACCCGAUGAAGAGGUCUCGGCUGUCACCAAGCGACUUCGAGAUUGCUGCCGUCUUCAUGUGUCCCGGGAGACGUUCGAUCGCGCGCUGUUGGCGUCCUCGUCUUCGUCAGGACUUCAUGAGGUUAUUGCCGAGAUGGAGAGAUCUGUAUCACAAGUUCCUGAAGACAGCGACGACGAUAUGACCCCGCCUGCGCCUCUGACGGCCAUGACGACGACGUCGCGGGAGUCUUUGGAGGAAAUGGUGAGCGAUAUCUCCACGUCGCGUAAGAACAGAGACGUGCUGCUAAGCUCGGGCUCCAUCGACGGGUACGGCAUGUUCCGUCAACAAUCGUCCGGUGCGGCGGUCGCGUCGUCUGCUGCGGUAACAGCGGAAACGAUCUCGAAUAGUGUGGAGGAUAACGUCUCUUCGAUCUACGACCAGCGCAAAAAUGAGAUCCAGUCGCUCAAGCUCAUGCAGCAGUAUGUGUCGAUUGCGUCGAUGCAGAUGCGCAGCAAGUUGGAGAUGGCCAAGACGGAGCAAGCUGCGCGUAUGCAAGGUCCGGCCAAGAGCGAUCGCGCGGGAUCGCCGCAUGGUUCAGUGUCUAAUGCAUCGGUGGCAGGCGGUGGCGCUGCGGGGACGAACGGCAAUCCGUUCGCUCGCAAGCUUUCACGCUCGCAUCUUCGUGUACUUUUCGUGCCGGAUAUGCGGUUUGCGUUGUCGACAGCUCAACCGCUGAAGGCCAGUAACUUUGGGUUCUCUUCGUCUGCUGCAGCAGCGGCUGGUAGCACUACAUCGACGUCUGCAGCGUCGACUUCUACUGCCUUGGUGACGAGGUCUCGCUCGCACGCACCCGGCACUUCGCCGUCUCACCGUGGAGCAGCUACAAAUGGGUCCACAAAUGGGCCCCCCUCGUUAGAGAGCCUCUCGCUGUCACAUGUGGGCAAGAUGUACAGUCUUGUGGAGCCGAGCACACCCAUUUCAGCCUCUCCGAUCACAGUGACUGGUCCGUCGUCUGUGGUUCCUCCUGGAUCGGUAUCGUCUUCGCUGGACGACUCGGGACUGGGCCAAAUGGACUCCAACCACUUUGCACCUACCAGUGGCGGAGUUAUGGUGAGUAUGCUGAACAUGAACAUGCGUGACAUGUACGGAGGUGACGGUAUGAGCAGCUUGUUGGAUCCGCAUCAUCAUCCAGUACACGCGUCGCCUGUAUCGCCUCCACGACAGAGGAUGAUCAAGAAGGCCCACACAACGUAUCACCACUAUUUCGCGUUCAAAGAGUCAGCGAUGGACCCGGCUCUUGGAAAUCCUCGCAAGUUACUGGCGCGUCUGAAUGCACUGGGUAUCCCUCCGCUGCCACCGGAUCUUGGUGCGUUACGACUCUCGGAUGGCUCACCGUACUCUAUCUACAGUCACGCUCCAAGCCCGUACUGCUUGAUGAACGGCUAUGGUAGCUCCGGUGGGGGCAGUGGGACGCCAGGCAGUGAACGCGGAGGCACAAGUGUCUCGAGUGUGAAUUCGUCUCCAGCUCAGAUUGGCAGCAGUACGUACCCUCCAAACGGGGGGAGUACGUUUACAGCAGCAAUCGCAGCAGCUGCAGCGAUCAACGGAGGCGUAACACCAGGUAACUUUGGAAGUUCUUCGAGUAGUAAUGGCCCUGGAAGCAGCUCGGGUAGUGUCAACGGAGUCAGCAGCAGUGGUGGAUACCCGAGCUCCUCGUAUCGCAACUGGCAGCCACGUAAGAACGUGUUGGUGGCAGAACUGGCGGAGCACUCUGGAGCUGUUACACGUGUGAGUGCCGCUCAAGACUACAGCUUCUUGGCAUCGGCUUCGAACGACGGGACAGUGAAGAUCUGGUCUGUACGCUCGUUGCAGCACAGUGUGAACCAAGGGUCUCGAUGCACGUAUGACGGCCAGGGUGGAGUAAUUACCGACAUGAAGGUGCUGACGAACAGCCACUCGGUUGCCUCGGCUUCGAGUGAUGGCACAGUGCACGUCUUCCGCGUGGAUAAAGUGAACUCUGUGGGCGGGAACGUACAGGCCACUGGAAUCAAGGAGCUGAGAGCGAACAACAGUGCUGUCAUGGCAAUCGAUUACCUGAAUAACGUCACGGAAGCGUUGUUGUUGUAUGCUACUCGCGACGGCAAGAUCCACGCGUGGGAUCUGCGGAUGCGUCGUGAAGCUUGGACGCUCAAUAUCUCCUCCGAGCUUGGAUAUGUUACGUGCAUUACGCACUCUCUGGACGUGAGCUGGUUAGCUGUUGGAACGAGCCGAGGCUUUUUGUGUCUGUGGGAUCUGCGCUUCUUGGUGCUGAUUCGUAUCUGGAGACACUCGUCUCAUCGUGCGAUCCACCGACUCCAGCCCUGCUUGGGGUUGCCCAACACGUUGCCGCUUGACGAGACGUCAGUGCCGCUCGUGUUUGUGGCUGCAGGUGAUGGCGAAGUGGCAGUGUUCGACCUCAGUAUCGGUGCCUGUCGUGCUGUAUUCCGUACGCUUGAAGCGCAGGCGUCUGAGGCUGAAGCUUGCAAGUGUCCUACACUUCUCCAUGUGCCGAUUCCACACCGUAGUCGCAGUGUGUUGGGAAGCUUCCUAGGCAUCUACGGUAUCGCUACGGCCUUUGACGAGAUCGCCACGUCUCCUCUGAGUGAAGAGCCGAGUGUACGUGCGAUGCUAUGUCCGUCUCUGCAUCUGCGAGGUAUUGGAGACGCGUUGAUCACGGGCGGAGAAGACCGACAAUUGCGCUACUGGGAUAUUCGCAAUGGGAAGCAGUCGUACACUGUCAGUGGCAAUGGAGAAGCCAAGUCGUUCUACGAUAACCAAGCUCCUCCUGGUGACUGGUGGCGUAUGAGCUCGUCAGCAGCUCCGCAACAUUUCGAUGAGAUGCCAGCGGCGCCCAUGUCGACUACAGCAGCUAUCACCAAGCCCGAGUUGGCGUGGAGUAAGCUGAGUCCUCCUCUGAUUACUGUGUGUCAGGACUCAUCCUUCUACUCGUCGCCGGGAGGCGUCGCCGGUGCAGCAGCGUCAGGUGCUGGCGGUGUGGAGUCGGCUAUCAGUAUGGAACGACGAGGCCUCGUGCCACCGUCUCCAGCUCACACAGAUUGCAUCCUGGAUCUGACACUUGUGGAGCUGGGGAGCAGCCAGAAUCCCAGUCCCAUGCUGGUUUCUAGUGGCCGUGACGCACUCAUUAAGGUGUGGAAGUAA